AUGCCCACUACAUGUCCCUAUCAUUAUUUGACGCAUUUAAAGUGUAAUGCUGAAACGUGCAAAACACGAAAGAGCUAUCCUCAAAACGAAAUGAUGGAUCAAAGGUACUUUUUUCUAUUGAAAGAACUCUAUGACAAGAAUCAUCCUCGACGGGGAGUUAUCAACAAAAUCCUCAAAGAUAAAUUCCUCAAAUUUGCUCCCAAUGGUGAAGAAGCAUUUGUGCAUUCUCUCUCACAAAUGCAACGAGAAGGCAUUCCGUUGAAAGAAUGUGUGAUCAAACAUGCCAAUCUUUUGGAGACUGUGAUGAAUCGAUACAGCGAACUCUUCUCUUCAGCAACUCAGCCUUCAGUGGCCACAUUCACAACACAAACUACCACGACAUCAUCCUCAUCAUCAUCAACAACACCACCACCAAGUGGUUCGCCGAUAAAAGAGGAAGAAAUAUACAUGCAACAAUGUCGGCAUUAUACAAGAUCGCCUUCAUGGAGCAUGUUGCAACAUGACAAUAGCUCUUUUGGAACAUCAAUACAACAACCAGAAGGAGAGCAGCAAGUAGUAACUCACCCAGGUCAUAUUUCCCACAAUAGGAUAUCUAGAAGAUCACCACCGAGUAUUUCCGAGGCAUAUUCAAUGCAUGUUGUGACUACCUCAUCAAAUCUGGUCACAAUUAACCCAUCUUAUCAAAAUGAUGAGCGUAAGAGUGUCAAUCAACAGCAUCAUCACAUGCGUCAUGUGGUCACAUCAUCAUCAACACCACCAUCUUCAUCCACCAACAUGUCAUUGGUCCCAACUCAAUCAUCGGAUCUUGAUGUGAAUCCAUCUUCAUUUCACUCCAAUCUAGCAUAUCAUGAUGCAUCUUCAUUCCACACUUCAACUUCUCAGAAACCAAAGUUGCAUUCUCAACAGAAUUUAGCUCCUUCCAAUCUCCACAGAUUCGAUCCAGCAUCCAGCAGUAAUAUGCAGCAUGCAUCUUUUCCAAAUCCAUUUUCUUACGGAACAGCUCCUUCAACAUCUCAUCAAAGUAGCAAAGUAUCAGCGUUAAAACAUUUGAAAGAAAAGUAUGCCAACGUCCAAAAUUUGGAAAAACCUUCUUUCGUCAACAAUAAUGCCACAAGUCAUUCUGCUUCCACGUUGCGUCACAAUUAUCAAGUCAAUGUAAAUAAUAAUUCCAUUGUUCCGCCUCCUUCGUCAUCAUUUCCUCAAAAUAAUAAUCAUGGAAAUACGGCAGUUCCUUUUUAUGGUCAAUCCUCAACCUUUCAGCAUUCUUUACCAUCUUCGUCAUCUUGGAACCAACAAUCGCAUGCUCCUUCAUUAACUUCGACUUCAUCAGCUUACUUUUCUCAACAACAACCUAAGUCUCAAUCUCCACUUUCUGAUAUUUUGACGUCCUCAACUAGACACCAUCUUGCAUCUUCUUCAUCUCGCUCUAGUUUUGAACACAGCGCUUCUGGGUUGGAUCAAUUGCAGCAACGAAAACGAGGAUAUAGUGAUUCCUUUUAUCAAGAAACAGCAUUGAUUCGAAAUGCUGAUACUGUUACCAAUACAGAAAGGAAUAACACAUUUGGAAAUUCUCAAUUAAGGUCCAGUCAAAGUGAACGCACAUUGAAUGCUUGCCCGAGUGCUGAAUUUACUCCUAUUUCGUUAUCAUCGAGAAGUGGAGAAGAAGAUUUCAAUGCAACAUCUUCAAACGUGAAAAGACGAAAGAAUGAUGAUAUUUUACUGCCCUCGAUCUCUCAAAUGAUGAACGAACCUCCACAUAAAAGUAAAUUGCCUUCUCCAUCACAAUAG